AAGGGUGAGACUGAGCUUACUUAAGUUAGUGUCACUGUCAGUGUGAGUGUCGGGUGUGGUGGACUGUGCAUAUAGAAAAGACAAGGACCACUUCUGUUACUCAACGCUGGGCCGAUAAUAUUUCUUCUCCUUCUCCUACUCCUGCUUAUGAAGGGAUUUGGGACACAGAAAGAGAAGUAUCAAUCUAGUGGUUGUGUAAAUUAGCCUUGGGCUUAUUUUGUAGUUGAAGGAAGGUAUCAUAUCCCGAGAUCUAUGUGAAGAGAAUAAUCUUCAGAAGAUGCAUGAAUUCUCUACUGUUGAUGGUUUUAUGGAGAUAAGUGAAUGCAUGGCAGAGAUGACUAAGUACGUGGCUAAUGAACCAUCUGUUGGGCUUUUCUUUAUCCAACAUCAUGUUCAAAAUGCAGUUCCCAAUGUCAUUAAAGUUAGGAAAAGUGUUGUUGAUAAGUCUCACGAAAUGACUUUGCGCACGGAAGAUUUGGAUGACUCGAUCAAGAUGGUUGGAUCAAUGAAAGAGUGUGGAAUUCCCAUAGCUGAUAAGAUGAUUGAAGAUGUUAAAAAAUCUCUGGCAACCAUGGCAACAAAACAACCAAAAAGAGGGUUAAUCCAUCCAGCAUCAAGUUCUCAAACAGCAAGAGCUAGUUUCUUGGAUAAUGCUGCGUUUUAUGCUCAUGAAGGCAAUGAAAAAAGGAGUAACUAUUUUUCAAAUGUUCUGAAGUCAGCAAAACAGAAGGCUAGCAGUUUCAAGUGGCGACAGCUUGAUACUAGGGAAUCAAUAGAUUCCAUGGAUGAGAAGCCACCGAUGUACCCUAAUUUGCCAUUAUCUGUCACAUCUGCAAGAGUUACUUCAUCUUUUCCGGCUACCGAAACUGAUGAGUUGCCUGUAUCUAGCCAGCUUGAAGAUGAGUCUCAACUUGAACAGUCUGAUGUUAGUGACAUUAGCAUUAAUUUAUUGUCAGUAUCAGAAAGAUUUGAUGACUUCAAAGCUAAUAAAGAAGCGAAAUUUGAGGAGUGGCUGGAUGGAACUGGCAACCUUGAUGAUAAGUGCGGUACAGGUGAUGAGGAAAGGUCUUAAGCUUGGCUAUACUUCAACAAAAAAGCUUCUGCCCAUACAUGCUGUACAAUAUCAACUUUCUCUGAAAUGUGAUUAUAAAUAAAAUGAUAUCUGUAAGAUUUUCUUUAAAGUUUAAACAAGUAUGAUACUGUAUGGUGUUUGAGCAUGUAUGAUAUUGCAUUCCUUUUACCUGGAACAUC